AUGCAUCUAAAACUAGCAGCAGAUGUAACAAGAAAAUCAUACCAAGCCUUCUCUUCAACAUGUCUGAAACGUGGAUUCUCCACUCGUAGCCACACAGCAGACCCAGAUGUUCAUUCAGGACAACAAAAACCCGGUUACACUAAUUCCAGAAUUUCACCUCAAGGUACAGUUAGAGGUGAAGGUGAUAGUGACACAAAUUCAAAGUUUCCUGAAACAGAAAAAGGAGAAGUUUUCGAGUCGCCAAAAUCUCCAUGUGAAUCUUCUCCUAAAUUAAAGAGCACAGGCGUGAACCAACCAUUGGAUCCAAACAUUCAUCAGAAGAGAAAACAUGGGACAAAAGCUUUGGAAGAUGUGAGUUGUGCUGGUUUGGAUGGAACACCAUGGCCAGAAGAAAAAGAUAAGAAUAGAGAGGAAGAAAACGAGGAUAACAAAGAUUACUAUAAAGAUCACAAACCGUCUCCGUUAUCGGAAGUGGAGUUUGCAGAUACAAGAAAGCCUGCUACUCGUGUUAUGCAUGGAACUGCGGAUUCUGGACAAGGGGGAGAUGUGAUUGGUUGGUUGCCGGAACAGGUUGAGACUGCGGAGGAGACGCUGUUGAAGACUGCUGAGAUGUGGCGGUGGAGAGCAAUGCAUGGUGACCCUGAUGCUCCUCAUUCAAGGGUUCUUAGAGCUCUACGCGGUUAA